AUGGGCAUGGCAUCGGAUGACGAGGGCUUCCAGGGGGCCAAGGAUGACAUGAAGAUGCCCGUGGUCUCCGUGAGCCCCGCGGCAAGUGGCGACCUGGCCGUCAAGCUUGGGUCCGUCUCGGGAGUGACCCAUGAGAGCCUGGGCGAGGCCACCAGACUGACAGAGGACAGGCAGGCCCUGGCCACGCCGGCCUCCUCCCGGGCGGCCACCGGUGGGGCGGCCCCUAAGCCCCUGCCCUCCAGGGCUCACGUCCAGCUGGAUCCAGGGCCCCGGCCCCCGCCUGGUGCCAGCUGGGAGGACCUCCGAGACCCUCACCUGCCUCCUGCCCUGGUGGUGACGGCGCCGCACCCCACCUUUCACAGAUCCCCCCCGACCGUCCUGCGCAGGUGCUGGCGCCGGCAGAGCGCAGCUGGCACGAAAGCCCGGCAUGGCCUGAGUGUGGCUGAGGACCUCACCCCCCGGUUCAGGGCAGCCUGCGAGCGGCAAGCCGUGACCGUCACCCUGCAGGAGGGCAGUGCGUCCCUGACCCUGUCGGAGGGCGCCCAGGCGCUGGACGUCCCGCUGUCCAAGGUGCCAGCCUCCCGGGCGGCCUCCCGGCUGCAGGCGCUGACGCUGGGCCUGGCUGCCCGAGUGUGCGACCUGGAGCGCAGACUGGCAGCUGCGGAGGAGACCGCCGCCAGCCCCCGGAAGAAGCCGCGGCCUGCGGGCCCUCAGCUCUUCCUACCAGACCCUGACGCUCAGAGAGGCGGCCCCGGAGCUGGGGUGAGGAGGCGUUGCCCUGGAGAGUCCCUCAUCAACCCCGGCUUCAAGAGCAAGAAGCCAGCUGCUGGCGUCAACUUUGACGACUCCUGAAGGCGCAGUGCGGCAUCGCCCUGGGGAGCCUGCCUGGAGGGGUGGCCGGAGGCCCCACCCCCCUGCCCACCCCCUCUGGGGCGCCCUCCCCCAUCAAAUAAAGAGUCCUCAGGUGGAGGCCCUGGCCGGGCUCUGGCUGCUGGCGAUGAGGGCCCGGGCUGCUGUCUGGGUCUGGGGGCACAGGGUGGAAAGGGGUCCCCGGCUCUACUGUCCAUGUCCCCUCCAAGCCUGGGUGUGGGCGUCAGGCCCCCCGGGCCUGUUUCCAUCCCCAAAGGGUGCAGACGCCCCUAGAGGGCGCUGAGUCGCGGCCAGGACGGCGGAGCGCGCAGCAGGUCCAGUGUGAGGCCGCGGCCUGCUGCUCGGAGAGUGGACGAAGGUGCGACCGCCACUGGCCCGAAGCCAGGGCUGCCCUGGCUCUCGGCCCCACCCUCCUGGGUCAGCCUGCCACCCCGCGCCGGCCUGACUGGUUUGGGAGCCCAAUCCAGUCUGCCGCCUGCAGGGCGGGGUGUGGCGCCCCGGGCGGGCCACCGUCCUCUGGGGCUGAGCCUCCCAGAGCUGGGCGCUCGGUGCCUCGGACAUCAGGACACGCUCGCUGGGGCAGAGAUGCUUUUAUGGGCGGGAGGAGCGGGGCGGGGCGCGGGCGGGGGGGUGCUAGCCGGGCACUAGCGGGGGUGCACGGCGGGCCGGUAGGCCGCCAGGAUCUCGGCGCUGUGCGGACACGUGUACUUGAACUCCUUCUCCUGCAGCGCGCUGUCCAGGUAGCGGCGCACGCGGCGCAGCUCGGCGGGGAUGGGCGCCCCGCGGAAGUGCGC